AGUCGGAAUUAAUUUAAAAUAUAUAUUACACUUAGCAAAGUGAAAUCUUAUACUUACAGUUAAAUCAAAGCGUUAUUGAUGUUACAGAGCUGCCCGUCAACGUCCGUUUUUGAACGUUUUCGUCACUACCGCAUUGCAUUGUGGGAUAUUUAUGCCGCCGUAGUGUCCAGCGUUGCAUACUGUAAUAUUUCACCUAUCAUUGGUUUCAUACUAAGAUUUCAGACAUACUUAAAAAUCUCACAUACUGUUUUAACGUACUAAAUAAUAGCAUGUUAGUACGGAAUUUCGGAUGCAACCUUUGUGUUUAGUAUCAAUUAGCAAAUGUUAAGACGCUAACACGCUAAAAUUAAGAUGGUAAACAUCAUUAUACCUGCUAAACAUCAGCAUUGUCUCUGUGAGCAUGUAGAGUCUUAUUCUUGUUCAGGGUUAGCUGGCUCAGACCAUUUCGUUACGCUAUUUAUUAUGAGGAUGUUACAUUGUGUGUGUCACUAAACUGAGUUGUUAAGUAGAUGAAAAAUAUAUGACAUGCAUUUGGCUCAAGCCUCCAGUGUGUGUGAAGUAUCAUGUGCGGUGCGUGUGUGCAGAUGUAUUGCAUUUGCAGCAUGUGGGUGUGUACGCGGCAUGCUUUCAAUCCCCCAAUUAAUGUGCGUGUGUGUGUGUAGCUGUCAAUCUCUAGUCUCUCAAGAUGAUUCAGUGAUAACAUUCAAUCUCCAUUAUGAGACCUACCUGCCUGAGUGUGUGUGUGCCCAUAGUCAUUAAAUGAGCCUGUUGGCUGCGCUCUGCUCAGGUGAUCUCCUUUAUUAGUCUUGUGUCGCUGAGUGCGUCUGCUGAAAGCGUGUUGUCAGUGAUUGGCAUAUAGAUGAAGAGACUCUCCCCUUCAUCUCUCACUCUCUCACUCACACUCUAUUGUCCCUCCAUAUCACUCUCUGUCAUCCCUCCAUCUGCCGUUUCUCACUAUAACCAUCUUUCUCAUUUUUUUCUUCUCUAGUCCUGUCGUUCCUCCUCUUUACUUUUAAUUUCUUCUUUCACAUCCUUUUUUUAUCAAUUCCUCUCAUUGAGUCCCGUUCUGUCUUUCUCCCUCUUUUCAUUCCCACUCUUUCUUCUGCUCCGCAUCUUUUCAGCAUUUAUGUAAUCUGCAGUUCAUUCAUCAUCAGCCUCACUCUUUGCCUCUGUCUCCCUCUCCCUCCUUACCUUCCCCAACCUCCUCCAUCUCUGUCAUCCGCGCUCUAUUCAUUACCAGUUCAACUCAGUCAACAGACCACAUCAGUCAGACAGCAGAUACAUAUCACACAUAUCGAAUAGAUCUCUUUGUGUGUCUCUCUACCCGUUUGGUGACCAACAACCUUCUCUGUGUGUGUGUGUCUGACGAGACAGGAAGGAACUUUUGAACUUUCCUCUGUGCCCACUCGCUGUCUUUAUCCCCUUAUCUCAGUCUGCAGUUAGCUGAUACCAACAGCUGCUGUUGUUGUUAUUGCUGUGCAGCCCUGCAGACAGUUUAGAGUUUUGUCAUGGUUCUCUGCUCCUGGCGAUACGUGAUACAGAUUUCUGCUCAGACCUUAUCUUAGGUCAAGACUAUCCAACCCCAGCUGGCGGGAAGAAAAGUUGGAGGUGGACCUGUUAAUUGUAAUUGACAUAAGUGAUGUCAAUUUUUAGUGUUUGCUGUUAUCAGAAAAUGUUUGUUUUUCUUUCUUCUGUCUGUUUGCUCUGUGGUGUCUGGCUUUUAACCCUGACACUAGCCCGCAUGUAUAAUAUAUUGGUUGGGGAGCAGGCCGGGGCGGGGUUGACCCUUUGUGAUAUAUUUAGAGCGACCUGCGAUGAAUGUUUUAUCCAUGCUGCGUAGGGCAGCCAUUAAACAUUCAUAUCUGCCACUGAGAUGACCUCCUGGAAUAUCAGCCCGUCAUCAAUGAAUUAACAUCAGAUCAUCAUCAAUGAGCUAACAUCAGACCGUUCUCAAUGAAUUAACAUCAGCCGUUUAUGUAAUCCCAUCAUCACAACACCUCACACACGCCUAUGUUACACCUUGCUCUUCUACUGACGGGGCGGAUGUAUGUGUGUGUGUGUGUGUGUUUUGUAGCCACGAUAAUGACGAGACAAAUAAUUAAACAGUUUAAUAUUUUUUUUGAUGAUCCUUUAUAAGUUUAAUUCCAAUGGACCUUAUAGGUAUUAAAUCACAUUAAUGAUGCUAUUUAGAGAGAUGCCUAAUGGCCACUUUAGGAUCAUGAAACAGACUGAGCAUUUAGAGGAUUAUGGCAAUGUCAAGAUGAAGAAAAUUACAAGAAAUGGCGCUUUCUUUUCUUUUUUGAGCUCUAAAUCAGGCUCUAAUAAAUGAAUCUGAGGGGUAGUUCCUGAUUUAGGUAAGUGGAAAGUUGCUGUAAAUUAAUGAAUUCAGCUAGCUGGAGUGCAACACCGACUAGAACAAUAGGUACUGCCAUAAUUAUUCAUUUUACUGCUGUAUUUGUAUAACCCAUGUAAGUCUUAAGUUGUAUCUUCCUGCAUCAAACAUUCUGGUAUGUACUGUUGGUGUGCGUGCAUACCCUGUUGAAUGCUUGUGUGGACAUUUUAGCAUGCAUCACUCUCAGCCUUGGUCCAUGCUGCUACCGCUGGUGUGUGUGUUUUGGCUCUGCGUGGCUUCGCCUCUCAGACACAGUUUAGCAACAGCUCAGCCAGCCUGCAUUAUUCAUACAGGAGCGAGCCUGCAGAUAGGGUUACCCCGAGGCAGUAUAGCUAGUGCAUUAAGGUGCCCAUUGCAACUAUAUCAUACGGAUACACUCUGAUGCAUAUGCAUACACAGUCAUACAAUACAUAUGAUCAUAUGUGCAUGCACAAGAGCUGAGGAUAUGAUUAGGCCUCAAGUUGAGGCGAACAGGGGAUGGAUGAAGCCGCAGUAACCAGAGAGAGAUGCAGAGGGUUGCAGGAGGUCAGAAAGGCAAGCUGACGUGGAUGUGGGAGGAUACGACACACAUACACAUUCACUCUCAGACAAAGAGGAGGACACCCCUGAAGGCCAAGACGCACGCACAUCGGCUCUCCUUGCUGGGUGGACGUCCUGCCAAAGUUGGUGCGGUGGCCAAGAUGAGGAUUCACCGCCGGACUCACAGGACGCGCUAACAAUGGGAGACACACAAAGGACUACACAGACUCUGUCACUGGGAUAGCAGGGUCUUUUAUUCAUCGUGUGACCCUGGGAAGUUACUUACAAGCCUAUAAAGAGGAACAAUUAUUUUUGCUAUCCUGGAUGGACUUCAGUGGAAAAACUCAGUGAGCCAGAGGCAACAAGUGGGUAAAACUGAGAGAGACUGUGACCAGUUAGAUUAUUUUUUCUCAUAUGUAACUUUUUAAAUUCAAGAAGCAUCUGCCCUUUUUUUAAAAAUGUAACACUCCAAGAAGGUCGUUGUCAGCAAAGCCUCAACAGCUUUGCUGCUGAGGCUUGAAGACGUACUGUAACGCGAGCGAGCACUGAUGGCUGAGAUUCUGACUCCAUUACUAGAUCGUGUUUUGAAGUACUGUGGUUUGAGUUUGUCUCUGUGUGCAUUAUAGAAGAACUGACUUGGGACAGAGUGUGCUGGGGUUUCUGGGGUGUCACAAGGACGGAUCAGAUGGAGAAAAAAAGGAGAGAAGACAUGAAAAGUAUUCGGGAUGAGAGGAUGUUGCUACUAUUUGGACUCUUCUUCUCAGGAGUACAUAUCAACAUUGACACUGACCCUUUUUUUAGCACAUUUUGGGAACUUGUUCUUCCUCUUCUUGUUUAGAAUGAUUUGAGUAAGGAGACAUCAUGCCACCUAAAAAAGGUGACUCGAAAUCAGCUGCCAAGAAAGGCAAGUCGGAGGAGCCAAAGAAGGGAGGAAAGGAUGAUAAAAAGGGAGGGAAAGAUGACAAGAAAGGGGGAAAGAAAGCAGAGGAGCCACCAGCUAAAGGGAAAGGGAAGGAUGAUGGAAAGAAGGGAAAGGGAAAGAAACCUGUCAGCGAGUCAGAGGAGGGGUCAGAGGAAGAAGAAGAGGAGAUGAAGACUGAGGAAGAAGAGGAUGAAGACAGCGAGGAAGAGGUGGUUACUAAGAAGGCGAAAGGGAAAGCAGCUCUGAAAGGUGCGUCCAAGGCCAUGGCUGUGAAGGGUUUUAAGCCUCCUAAACACCCACCUCCGUCUGAUGAUGAGGAAGAGGAGGAACCGACGGGUAAGGCACAGAUGAAGAAAGGAAUGGGUGCAGUAAACCUGAAAAAGAUGAGUGGUGUCAACAUCAAAGGAGCCUCCAAGGCCAUGGCGGGCUUUGCUGCAGAGGGACAGAAGAAGAGCGCAAGUGCAGCAAAACCACAGAAGACGUUGGAUGCCAGGUCUCACCUCAAAGGAGCAUCCAAAGCCCUCUCUGGAAUCGCAGGGAAGUCCUCUCCUUUUAGCUUUCCCUCUAAACAGCCGGCAGAGAAAGCAAAACCAAAGAGAAACCUCAAAAGCACCUCCCGUCUCUUCCUACGAAUCUCCAAGAAAAAAAAAAACCCGGGUGGUGGUAAACCACUACUGGGAACCAGCAAGCUUUUUGCUGGGUUUGGAGGUAAAUCAGCUGACAAAAAGCCAGGUCUGUCUGGCUUUGGCAUGUUUAAUAAAAAGAGUGAUACUCCAAAAGAAACCACACCACCUAAAAAGACAAUAAAUCUAUCCGGUUUAGGGGCCAAGGGGGGGAAAAUGGCAUCAGAGGCAAAGGGACUGGGAGGGAAGUUCAAAGGCAUGUUUGGGAAAAAGAAAACAGGAUUGGGGUUUAAGACUAAAAGCUGGAUGUUAGGAAGGAUGGCUGCAGCAUCUAACUGGUUGACAGGGAGAUUCCUGAGUACUAAGGGCCAUGGUCAGCUGGGGGCACGAGUAGGAAGACGGGGACAAAAGAAUCUGUCAUUUGCUAACAGGGACACUAGAGGGAGACAGACUCAUUAUUACAAUGAAGCCUAUGAGUAUGAUGAUGAGUAUGGAUAUGAGGAAGAUUACCACAACAGGGAGAGACCUAGAGGCUAUCUGAGACAGCCCAUGGCCUAUGACCCAUAUGACCCUUAUGGAGAGGAACUGGAAUACUAUGACGAUGAUGAGUGGGAAGAUGAAUAUGGUUACUAUGAUGAUGAGGGAAACUUCUAUUAUGAUGAUGAGUUGUACUAUGAGGAUGACGUGGAUUACUACGGUUACCCUUAUGGCUAUUAUGAUGAUGAGUAUGAAGAUUACGAUGGUGAUGAAGGGAUGGAGUAUUACUAUGGUGAAGAUGGAAUGCUGUAUGCAGUGGAACCAGAGCCUUAUGGUUACUAUGGUAAUGCCGUGGAUGGUUUCUAUGACCCAUAUGACCCUGAGCUGUAUGGAGAUUACGUUGACAACAAUAUGGGUUAUGACUAUGGGAUGUCAAACCCAUAUGGCAUGAUGAGUGAUGGUUAUGAUGUUGUUUCCGACCUAUAUAAUGACCCAAUGCUGGGAUAUACAGACCCUGCUGCUAUUUAUAACCCCUAUCAGCAACCUUUCUAUAUGGAUGCUGGGCUGGUUCCAGCUGAGACAGGACAGCUAUAUGGACAGGAGCAGCUGUCUUACCCUCUUGCUGAGCCAUUUUCAGCAGCGCAGUUCAGGGUCCCCAGGCCCCAGGUUAUGCUAUUUGGAAAAGACAGACUAGAGGUGGAAACCCUGCCACCUCCUCCUCCUCUAUAUCCUCAUCCCUCCUCCCCAAUGUUCCCCCCUCCCUCCCCAGCUCUUGACCUCAACAAUCUGGACAUGAUGUCAGAUAUACAAUAUGAGCAGCCUCUUCCAGCAUACCUUCCUGCACAGCCCUAUUACUCCACUGUCAUGAAUCAACAACAAAGCCCCAUUCUUCGUAGACAAGCCCCCUCACCAACAGCAAUGAUGAUUCAACAGGAGCACUUCUCUCUCCCUCAGCCUAUUCAUCCUCCUUUCUCUGUUUCUCUCAGCCACAUGUCGCCAUCUCCCCUACCACCACAAUUGGCCUCCCAAGUGUACCAGCCAUCCUUUCCCCAAGACCCACAAAUGUUACAGAUGGGGUAUAUGUCACCAAUGGUCGCACAAAUACAGCCACCAAUGCCUCCACUGAUGCAUUCACCACUGCAUUCACCAUUGGCCUCACCUAGGCUAGUGCGACGAAUGAGUCCCCUUCCAUCCCCACAGCUGUCACUUAGGCAGGGAUCAGUUAGGGCAAUGGCACCUCCUUCACCCCGCCUCUUACCACAUCACAUGGACUUCCAAACAGGCAUUCAGCCCGACCCCUAUCUCUCCCCUCGCUUACAUAGGAGAGGGCCCUCUCAUCGGGCCUCAAUGGCAGGCCAAAUGUCAACUUCCCAAAGGCGGAGGCCACCCAGCUCACCUGCAUCUCCAUCACACCAGAGGAGAGGGAUGUCAAUUAGAGCUCAGCCAUCCCUGUCUAGAGGACGGGGGGGAGUUGGGUUACGCAGGGCCCCAUCAACUGUACGACCCCAAUCCCCCCUUUCUAGUCCCCUAGCUUCAUCCCGGGGAUCGCUGAGGAAGAGAGCAAGUCCCCCACCUUCCCCAAGACUAUCUUUUAGACAGCAACCCCCUCCUGAUGCUGUGCCUCUGCCAUCUACCAGACCGCAUUUGUUCAAAGGUAGAAAACAAACAUCCAAGUUAAGGCAUUCCCCUUCUCCUCCCCUACCAUCCCCACAAAGACGGAGCCCCCCUCUGCCUGAGAGAUCUCAGUCUCCCCGCCAAACCUUCCGCCCCACCUCCCCCCAUCGUCCUCCCUCUCCCUCCCCAUCACGUGUCACCAGUCGCCCUCUCCCCACCCGGACCUCUACUCGCCGUCUGAGAGGUGGUGCUGGAGGCCGAAGUCAUGUGCCCAUGGGGGCCGUGAAACCCUCUCCAGCUAACCCCUACUCACAGAGACGCAGUAGACAUGGACCACCUGUCACUCAGCAUGUUGCCCCAUUCAGGUCCUCUAUCCAUAGUGGUCCAGCCCCUUCCUCAGGACAGAUGGGGGGUGUAGGUGGAACACCCAUGUUAGCCAGGGCAGGCUCCCGGCCUACAGGUUUAAGGGAAUCAAAGCGAAUUGGUACUCCCCAAGGAGGCUUCCACAGACCUGUAGGUAGGGGGCAGCCGCUAGUCCGUAUGCCCAGAAAUCAGUCCUCUCUUCAAUCUAGGCAGUCAUUCAGAGCACCUCCUCCAGGGCUUCCUGUCUCUCCACAGCCUUCUUUGAAACAUAGUGGCCCUCUUUCUCCCCAGCCAUCAGUGCGUAGGCUGCAGAGUAGACCUCCAUCUCCACAACCACUGCAACGUCGAUCUCCUCUGCCCUCCCGUUCAGCCUCUCCCAAUCACUAUAUGUCUCAUCCACCAUCCCCCUUUCCUCACAGGGCUAUGAGUCCCCAGAGUCUAGGGCCAACAUCUUUUCAACCUCCAGUACCUCACCCCGGUCUUCCUCAUGGUACUCUCCAGCCAUCUCAGAGUAUCACCCAUUAUGACUAUACAAUGAUGGAGCCAGGCCCAUCCCCAAUGCUUACAAAUGCUUUACCAAACCCUCAGGUUGUAGGUGCUGCCUUUCCUCAUUAUCCUCUUCCUUCCUCCAUCCCUUACUCCACCACUGCUUACUCUUCUCCUUUACAAAGACCCUCCUCCCCCCAACCACAGUAUGAAGUCUACCCCCAAAACCUACCUCAACCUGCACCCUCAUCACCUUAUUUGGGACACGCACUCCAGAACCCUUAUCUGCAGAAUGCAAGCUACACAACACCUUUACAGAGAGGCCCUUCCCCUAUACCUGUUGGCCAGGGGGAGAUAUUAGCUGAUGCACAAGUGAGCCAGGAGGGGAGCCCGUAUGCCUCUCUCGGUCUAUCCAAUGCUUUGAUGCAGAACUCCCGCCUGCGUAGUGCCUCCUACUCGUCUCCUCUACAACGCAAUGCCAAUGUCUAUACAAAUGUCUUCUCACCCCCUCAGGAAGCAGCCCUUCCUGCUCCCUCUGUACCCUACUCCUCACACUUGUCUUCAGCUAUGCUUAACUCCCAGCUACGUAAUGCUUCCUAUGCUUCACCCCUUCAGCGACACCUCUCCCCCAUGUCUCCUGCCUCUCCCGCCCCUCCUCCCACCAUACCCCAGCAAGGUUCCUCCUCAUUUCUCUCUGGUGGACUGCGGACCUCUCAAAUCCAGGGAUCCAUGUUAAAGCUUCCUGCUGGCACUUUGAAAAUGUCCCGGGGCCCUGUUGAGUCUCCAAUUACCACUGAUGGUAGUGGUGGGAGGCUGUCACCCUCUGUGCUCUCCAAUGCCCUGCAGAAUCCAAGCCUGCGUCAGGCCACCUAUCGACUACCUGAUGGCUCAUUGGUCACCAGAACUGAACCUUCCCCAGCUCCAUCACCUCUCUCAUCCUCUAUGCUGUCCUCUGCCUUGCUCAAUCCCAGUUUGCGACAGGCCACCUAUCGACUACCUGAUGGCUCAUUGGCUACCAGAUCUGAACCUGCUGAACCUUCCCCAGCUCCAUCACCCCUCUCAUCCUCUAUGCUGUCCUCUGCCUUGCUCAAUCCCAGUUUGCGACAGGCCACCUAUCGACUACCUGAUGGCUCAUUGGUUACCAGAACUGAACCUGCUGAACCUUCCCCAGCUCCAUCACCUCUCUCAUCCUCUAUGCUGUCCUCUGCCUUGCUCAAUCCCAGUUUGCGAAAGGCCACUUAUCGACUACCUGAUGGCACAUUGGUUACCAGAACUGAACCUGCUGAACCUUCCCCAGCUCCAUCACCUCUCUCAUCCUCUAUGCUGUCCUCUGCCUUGCUCAAUCCCAGUUUGCGAAAAGCCACAUAUCGUUUGCCUGAUGGCAGUCUUGUAACCAGGACAGAGCCCACACCUGCACCCUCCCCUUCCAUGCUGUCCUCUGCAUUGUUGAACCCCAAUGUACGUAAAGCCACAUAUAGGCUGCCGGAUGGAACUUUGGUUACAAGAAACGAACCAGCACCUGAGCCUGUCACUCCUUCAUCCUCUAUGCUUUCCUCUGCUCUUCUCAAUCCUAAUGUUCGUAAGGCUUCUUAUCGAUUACCAGAUGGUUCAUUUCUAACACAUCCAGUAGAAGAGAAUGCUGAGAGUGCAAUAUCAUCACCGGGGCUAUCUGGCGCUCUGAUGAAUGCUAACCUGCGUAAGGCAAAGUUUCAGCUCCCAGAAGGAUCAUCAUUGUUUUCACGGAACCAAGCUUCCACCUCUGCCUCCUCCGGUCCUAAUCUUUCCGGUGCAAUGUUAAACACCGACCUCCGAGGUGCCUCCUACAGACUCCCAGGCACAUCACUAUUGAGGCAGCCUGGUUCUGCAGAUCCCGCGGAGUCACGCUCCCUUGACCUUUCCAACGCUCUCAGCAACAAGAACCUCCGAUCUGCCACCUACCGUUUGCCUGACGGAACUCUGAUGACCCGCCCUCAGCCCACUGCUUCACCCCGAACACUUGACCUGUCUAAUGCUUUAUCAAAGAACCCAAACCUUCGUGGGGCAAAUUACCGUCCCCCCGGUGGUAAUAUCAUGUCAAGGCUUGGUGCCCCUAGCACCCCAGAACCUCGCUCACUUAAUCUCUCUGGUGCCCUGCAGAACGCUCACCUUAAGGGGGCCUCUUUCCGCCUACCCUCAUAUGCUGUAGUGUCACCCCAGGUCCAGGGAUCCGGGCCUGGACAGCACUGGGCAGAAGGCUCUGGAGUUGAAGGCUUGGGACUGCAGCAAGAUGUGGAUGUGUGGGGCGCAGAGAGGGUUUUACCUCACGGCACAGUGCAGAACCUCAAUAAGUGGUCCAUGUAUAGAGACGGGGAGCUGCUGGACCCCUACAGCCUGAUGGGACAAGGCCCAGUAGGGCAUGAACCAGGGGAGUGGAAUCUCAGCAGGGAGGGGGAACCACAGGGGCACUGGUAUGACAAGGUAAAAGUUUUGAAUACAUGACUCACACUACAAGUAGACACAAUAGCUAAUGUUGGGUACCAUACUGUAAGUCUUUAUGUUUACGGUGUAAUCUUGCAGUUGCAAGUGUAAUGUUAAAGUGAAAGCCUGGCACAGUAGUGGAUUUUCAGUAAGGGGGAGUAAUGUGGUGAUGUUUUUUGAAAGAGCAGAAUAUAUGAUUAAAAUAGGUGAUGGGCACAUUGAGCAAAUAAGGUCAAAUUUGUAAAGCAUUUUUUGGUGAGAGAAGGGCAAACAAGAUUCGAAUCAUCCGAAAGAGAAAGAAUUUAUAUUUCCAUGUGAGUGUGUGCAUGUAUUAAUGCGUGAACCCUUUGUGCACAGCGCUAUGUGCAUGCAUCAUGUCCUCAUUUCUGAGUGUGU